AUGCCUAUUUCUCAAAUUAUCAAAGCAGCAAAUAAAAUGGCUGUUUUCAAAGAACAUGACUACAUGCAGACUACAGCAGAAGACAUGUAUGUACAAAGUCUUCAGCUUUCUGAAGACAACUUAAACAAAUUAGAAAAGAAAACAAUUUAUGAUAAAAAAUUAUGGCGUCAGGAGAGACUUUAUAGAAUCACAAGCACGAAAUUUGGAAGCAUAUGUAAAUGUGUCAGGGCAUUCAAAAACACUGCUAAACGGUUGUUGAAGCAGGAAAAUGUGCAUGUUUUUGACAUGAGUCAUUGGGAUCUACCUCCAGCGGUCCACCCCUGGUAUGGACUCCACAGCAGUAGUAGGAUCGGUAAAGGUAAACUCGGGUCGCAAGUACCUUCUCUUCCGCCGAAGUCUGACGCCAUAACAUUUUCUAUGUUCCGUCUGUGUAUGGAAGUUCUAGAACCUCCGGGCUUCUUAUAAAUACAAAAAUAUAAUUACCUAUACCUAAAACAUUUAUUAAUUUAUGGUUAAGAUAUUGUUCAUAGUCUACAGUCAUUUCAUUUGCUUGGUUUCAGAAUGAAAUUUCAAUAUAAAGGACGUAUUAAAAAAAUAUUCGAGAACUUUGAAAGUACGGACACCCAUCAGUCCUCUAAGAAGGACGUCAUUGAAGAGACCAAUUAUGUCGUCAAUUAUGAUGGCAGUUUAUCUUUAGAAGCAGAAAAACCUACUACUAAAACUUUAGUAGGCAAUUCUAAAAAUAUAAUGCUUACUUAAGACAAAGACAUGAUAUUAUUUAACCCUUGUACUUCU